CGGCGGCGCGGCCCCUCUUGCCGCGCGGCGCGGCGGCGUCAUAUGACGGCGGCGCGGGGGUGAGGCGGGUCGCGUCGCAGCGAGCGGGCGUCGGUGGGGCCGGAGCCGCCGCCGCUGCCGCCAGUGCCGGAGCCGGAGCCGGAGCCGGAGCCCGCGCGAGGCAGCGCCCAGGGCCCGCCGCCGCCAUGCUGGCGCUGCUGUCGCGGCUGCUGGACUGGUUCCGCUCGCUCUUCUGGAAGGAGGAGAUGGAGCUGACGCUGGUGGGGCUGCAGUACUCGGGCAAGACCACCUUCGUCAACGUCAUCGCGUCAGGUCAAUUCAGUGAAGAUAUGAUUCCUACUGUGGGCUUCAACAUGAGAAAAGUUACGAAGGGUAAUGUCACAAUAAAGAUCUGGGAUAUAGGAGGGCAACCACGAUUCCGAAGCAUGUGGGAGCGAUAUUGCAGAGGAGUUAAUGCUAUUGUCUACAUGGUAGAUGCUGCAGAUCGUGAAAAGAUAGAAGCCUCUCGAAAUGAGCUGCACAAUCUUCUAGACAAACCACAGUUGCAAGGAAUCCCUGUUUUAGUACUUGGAAACAAGAGAGACCUUCCCAAUGCUCUGGAUGAGAAACAGCUAAUUGAAAAGAUGAACCUUGCUGCUAUUCAGGACAGAGAAAUCUGCUGCUAUUCAAUUUCUUGCAAAGAGAAGGAUAAUAUAGAUAUCACGCUUCAGUGGCUUAUUCAACAUUCAAAAUCUAGAAGAAGCUGAAGUCUUCCUGGAAUUUCCAGUACCAGUUGGCCAUAAUCUCAAUUGUCCACUUCCCUCCAUAAUGAGAGAUUACCCAAAAAUCCUGUAUCAAGAAUCUGCCUUUUCACAGUUCAUUUCUCAUGUGCACUGCUGAAGACUUGUAUUCCUAUUUUGUCACAGAAACAACUAGAGUUGUCAUGAUAAAGUCAGCACAAAAUAUUUAUUUUACAACCAUCUAAGGUUGGGAGGGUUGGGGGGGCUUUUUAAAAAAUGAUCUCUACCAUGUUAACUAUGAUGGUACACUCUGUUCUGGUUUUUCAGGGCCAGGUUUUUAUAUGAUUUUCAGCAAGUGUUUUAUUUCUAGUGUUUAGUGGCUUGAAGAUGCUGAUGCUUGACAGCAUUAAGAUUCUGUAAGAUGCCACAUACAGUAGUUAAAAACAUUUAAGCGUGAAUUGUGGGAUAGUAUUUUAUCUCACAAAUGCAUGUGAUGUGUAUAUGUAAGCAAAGAAAUGGAAACUGUCUGCAGAGGGGAGCACAAGGCAUAAAUCAGCAUCACUAAUCUACAGCUGAGAUCUUACCCUGUCACUUUAAAAAGAGAACUUACGAAUUAGGAAAGAAUCAACUGUUCAAAAUCAUUGUCUGUUGCUUCUGCUUAACACUUGUAUGGGGGAUGGGAAGGGACUGUUUUGUCAAGCUUUCAAAAACUGUAGUAUUCCAGCAUAAAAACAAGUUGCUAGGAACAUCAGAUUUUGUUCAGACACAUCUUUUUUUUUUCCUAUCUCCAGAUACUAGUGAUCUCUGUCUGAAACCAGAACACAACUUCUGAGCUGCUGCAUGACACUUAAAUUACUGAUGUUUUUGUAUAGAGUCAGUUGUUGACCUUUAGCACAAUAUCUGUGUAAUUGUUUAGUGUCUCUCCUGCUCAUGAAAUAGCUGGGCACAGUUUCACCUGGUGCUAUGAACCAUCUAAGCUAUUGUGACAACUCUAGACCUGCCUGCUUUCUUGAUGUAACCAUGUGCAAAGUCUGUAAGUUGCAAGAUGAAAUGUUCUACUGUGUCAAAGCACAAGAGAGCCAAUGAAUUGAUCCUAUUUCUUGACUAGCUUCUACCGUAUAGAGAAAUAUGUAUAAACUAAAGAUUGUAACGUUUUCGUAGCUUUACUUUCUCAGUGACUUCAAUAUAUUUAAAGGGACAGACUUGUUAAGACUGGUUUGUUCAUACAGUAAUGUCAGUGUAGCUUACUAGUGUAUACAAAUACAUGGUACACCUACUUGUGUUGCCUCACACUGUGUGUGAUUCUUCACCUAAAUGUAGCGUUUUCAUUAUUUCAGUCUUUGGUUGAAAACACUGUUUAGUCCGUUAUCAAUUAUGACAAACCAGUUUUAAUUUAGACUGCCAUGGCCUUAUUGUUCUGUACCGACUACUGCACUGUUGCACAGACACUACAUGCUGCCUGCAUUCAGUCUGGACUUGCAUUUUAACUUUUUGUCCCCUUUAAGUUCUCUGAAGCAUGGUUUCAAUUAAGUCAUACUCUGGUGCUGUAGAGGAGAGGGUAUAUUAACUUGCUGCUGUAGUCACUAGUUCUCCAUGAACUGCUACAGUACUUCUAUUUAGCAAACUUGCUUGUGCCUAAAAUAAGGAAACUAAACUAGAAUGUGUGAAUCUUUGUGGGGGACCAGGUCACUGUUUAGUUAACUGGCCUAUAGCUAAACUUGAUGUGUUUGGUGUUUAUCUACUUCACUGCUUUCAGCGUUUAUGGCAUCCAAACACUACCAAUUGUUAACCUGUGCAUUACUCUCUGCAUGUGAACAACUUAUACAAUUACUGAACUUUGUAAAUACGUGAAUUUUUUAUUUAGGUGGAUGCAUAUGUUGGUUUACUGCUCUUCAGCUUUACUCAAUAAACUUAUGUUUUGAGGGUUGUAUUGACACUUAA